GACGGUCGCUUCUCUAUAUUUUGUUUUAAGACUGCGAUCAGAGAGAUAGAAGGAAAAAGCGAAGGGAAGAAGGAAAGCAAGGCAAGUUAGACUCAGACUACGUGGGGUAAGUUGCUAGCUUCUGUUUUGAAAACGAUAAAGCACAUCUUUAAGUGUUUCCAAGCAGGAAUGACUUUUUAAAAGUAACUCUUCACAUCCUAGGAGGGAAAAAGCCAUGGGACAAAUCACCUUUGUUUCGUGGUUAAAUAUGGGCGACGCAUUUCAUGUAUUUUCAUUUGUACUGUACAUUUGAAAAUGUUUGGCGGCUUGGAUCCCAAAAUCUACGUAUGCUCAAGUCCCAUUCAAUACAAUGGCAUAGUGAAAUUGUGCCCCUUAUAUAAAAUAGCAGGAACAAGGUUUGCUUUGGGGAAUUUAUAUCUCUUUAAAAGUAUUUUCAGUGGUUGAACCCGUGGGUAAAAGAUCUGUGGAUGUGGAGAGUUGGCUGUACAUUGAGGUUUCUGGGAGUCUGGUUGUUUAAAAAGCAUUUUCAGAUGUUGGUUUUGAAGCUGGGAAUGGAGAUGAUGCAAAUGUAGAAACCAGAUCAACCCUUUAAACUGGGCUGCGGGGGAAUAGUUGUUACACAGGAGGAAUGGAUUAAUUCUUCGACUAAGAGUUGUCCCAAACUAUUGGGAUCUAAUUUCUCCCAGGUCCCUUCUCCCUGAACAAAGGCGCCUUGUCUUUACAAAGAGAUGGGGAGACGUUUGGGGCAGGUGGGUUCAAGUUGAUGCAAGUUUAAUGCAAGUUUAUGACUCUGGUAGCUCCACAUCUUCCUUUUAUUUACUUGUUUUAAAGUAUUUUGGUAAUAAAAACCAACGAAGGCCUCGUCUGCGCUGCAGAAACAGUGCAGUUCGACACUGCUUUAACUGCCAUAGCUGAAUGCUAUGGGAUUCUAGGAUUCUUGGAACGGCCCCUUUAGCAUUGUGCAACAAGUCUGUUGUGCAUUUCGGUUGGCCAAUAAAGGUAUCAACAAAGGAUUUUGGUUUGUGUUUGCGUUUAUUGAGCUACCCCUGAAUGUUUUAAAUGUCUCAAGGGUUGUCAAAGAGCUCUUCCAAAUUUGUGCAGAGAAUGUAUAUUUUGCAAACUCUCCUUCAUGAGCGCUUAUUUUUAAAAACGUCACCAGAACAGCCUUUCCAAAAUCCAGGUCCGCAUUCAGCCAAAGGCUGAGGGUUUCUAUACCUAAAACCAAAACGAAACCAAAAGCAAUGGCAAUGGAGUGUUUUGGCGCAAACGGGCUUUCCAGAAUCCAGGUCUGCGUUGAGCCAAAGGUCGAAAGUUUCGACACCUAAAAACAAAAAAGCAAUGGCUCCAGACAGUUUUGUCUUGCACAUGACGACAGAGCAGGCUUUCCAAAUUUCGGUUCCAUGUUGAGCCAAAGGUUGAAAGUUUCUACACCUAAAAACACACACAAAAAGAGUGGCCCACGGAGAGUUUUGUCUUGACAAGGUCAGCAGAGUAGGCUUUCCAAAAAGUUCAGAUCCAUGUUGAGCCAAAGGCCAAGAAUUUCUACACCUAACAACCCAAAAAGCGAUGGCUUUGGAGGGUUUUGUCUUGCGCAUGUCAACAAAACAGGCUUUCCAAAAUCCGGUUCCAGGUUGAGCCAAAGGCUGAGAAUUUCUAUACCUAACAACCCAAAAAGCGAUGGUCUUGGAGAGUGUUGUUUUGCACAUGUCAGCAAAACAGACUUUCCAAAGCCUGGCUCAACAUCGAACCAAAUGCUGAGGGUUUCUAUACUGAAGAAAGCAAUGGCCCAGGAAGGUUUGCAUGCAACUUGGAGGCUGCACUUUGCCCACCCGAGGUGCAGAAGGAAGUGCACUUUGCACAUUCUCCAUGCGGCUGACCUCUCUUAUUCCAUCAAGCUAUAGACCCAUGGCAUUUGCUCACAAUCUGAACCAACGAAAAGCCCGCUGCUCCCGUUUGCCGUGUCUGGCAAUACCAGGGCUGGAUCCCAGAAGCGGCCCCGACGGCGGGCUUCCACAUGCGCCUGCAAGGGCUUGGAUGCUGUCCAGAAACCAGCCAGGAGCAUGAUGCCAAUGCUGGGAAACCCAAUCUCCUCCCCUUGUUUGAAGGAAGGUGAACUUGGUGGCUGUCUCUGCUUUCCUUUGGGCCGGAGAAGGGGAAGGGAGCGGAGUAGAAGAGAGAUGAGUGCCCAGGUUUAGAAGACAUUCUUCCUUCACCUGCCGAUGGAGAGGAGGGAUCCAUAGGAGGUUGAGUUUAUGGAAGAAGGUGAAAUCGUAGCUGGGGAAAAAAGGACAGGUGCUCAUCCUGGGAGGGAAGAAUAAUGCUUUGUCUUGGUUGCGGUGAAGGGGAUACAGAAGAGAGUUUGUGCCCCAAAUGUCUUCCAUGCACCAAGGAUGAUGGCUUCAUUUAUUCCUCCAUGCAUAUAGUCAUACGGUGUGAUCUUUCUCUGAACAUUUGCAUCGUGUCGUGAGCAAGGACUGUUAUCUGUGGUUAUAAGAAAUGGCUGUUUCUGUUUUGCAUGCUCCGUGUACGUCGGUUUGUGGACUAACACUAUUCGUUCUGUUUCUCCGCAGGUGCCCUUUGCUCUUUUGGAUUUGCCUCGCCGCUGUUGAACCGGCCGCCUGCCCAGAGUCCCCAUGCCAAGGUGGGCUUGCCACGGCGCCGUGCCUAGAUAAGGCACCACCAGCAUGACGUACACCUUGCCGGCGCUGCUCUACGGCCCCAAGAUGAUCUCUCGCAAGAAGGGGCUCUUCCUCCUCUUCCUGGCGUUCAGCACCGGCACUUUGCUCUUGCGCCAAAGUGCCCACCUUAGUUGGUUCCCAAAGUCUCCCUCCUUCAGCUGUGGGCCGCUGCUGACGUCGUCGCGUCCCAAGCACACCGCCGUGGCCUUCCUGAAGACCCACAAGACUGCCAGCACCACCGUCCAGAACCUCCUCUUCCGCUUCGCCGAGCGGCACAACGUCACCGUGGCCCUGCCGCACCACGCCUGCGACCACCAGUUCUGCUACCCGCGCAACUUCUCGGCCCGCUUUGUCCACCCGUACACCCUCCCGCCACGGGUCAUCGCCAGCCACUUGCGCUUCAACCACGAGGAGCUGCACCGCCUCAUGCCCAACGACACGGUCUACAUCACCAUCCUGCGCGAGCCGGUCGCCAUGUUUGAGUCGCUCUUCAGCUACUACAACCAGUACUGCCCAGCCUUCAAGCGAGUGCCUAAUGGUUCCAUGGAGGCCUUCCUGGACAAUCCCUACCACUAUUACCGCCCCCACGAAAAGUUCGCCAUGUACGCCCACAACACCUUGGUGUACGACUUGGGGGGUGACCCCGAACACAACCCAGAGGACCCUUCCUACUUGCCCAGGUUCAUCCGCCAAGUAGAGGGCAUCUUCUCCCUUGUCAUGCUCGCUGAGUACUUUGACGAAUCCUUGGUCCUCCUCCGCCACCUCCUGGCAUGGGACUUGGAGGACAUUUUGUACGUCAAGCUGAACAUGCGUAGCCCCGAGUCCAAGCUCAACAUCACCUCCGCCCGCGUGGCGGCCCAGAUCCGUGUCUGGAACGCCCUCGACGCCGGCCUUUACGACCAUUUCAACGCCACCUUCUGGCGGAAGCUGAGCCAAGUGGGUCAGGACUGCGUCCGGAAAGAAGUGGAGGCUCUUCACCAGGCUUGCGACCGCUUGGCCCACCACUGCUUCGGGGGCCAACCCCAGUUGCGUCCUGCCACCCAAAUAAAAAACAAAGAGCUGCGGCCCUGGCAGCCCAGCGCCAAGGUGGACAUUGUAGGCUAUGACCUCCCAGGUUCGGGACCUCCUUCGGAUGAACUUUGUCUGAAACUGGUCAUGCCCGAGGUGCAGUAUUCCCGCUACCUGUUGAGAAAACAGAGCAUGAAGAACCGGCGACGGUCCGCAGCCCAUCGGUCAAUACCCCCCCGGGGACUCCUACGACCCCCUCGGCACCCCAUUCCCAAAGUAGCCUGAAAUUCAGCAUGGCAAAUAGAAGACUAUGAACGAGGGCUCCAUUUUCUCUAUGGCCUGCCUUUCUAGGGAGGAACUGGACCAUGGAGGACCUUUCCAGUCAUCCCAGCAUCUCGUGAGACUUAUUGGGGUUGUUGUUUUUGCACUAUGGGGGCAUGGGAUGCUGGCAACUGUUCGGUGGUGACUCCCUGUUUUCUUUGCUGGGACUGCAGGAUAUUUUGUUCCUUCUUUUUGGCCUCAAUCUCAGGAUGCAGGCUUUUGGGAUGAAAGUACGCGACUCUUCCUUGGAUGCAUUGCAGGUGCAUGCAACCAGUGGUUGAAUCCAAUUUUUGGCCCCAUAACUGUGGGGGAAAAGCCUUCCAGAUAUGGGGCUUAACUGUGGAGUUGCCAUGCCUCGUGCGCUCGCUUUUAUCGGAGGGUCUACAGCGGGGUACCAUCAACUUGUGGUCCUCCCCUGUGUUCCUCGGUAUAUAUUACUCGGCUGCUUUGGGUCCCAUUUGGGAGAAAGGCAGGAUAUAAAUUAAUUAAUAAAUUAAAUAAUAAUAAUAAUAAUAAUAGUAAUAAUGAUAACCCAUCUGGGUAUCCGUUGGUGUAACCCAUCUGGGAGAAAGGUGCCAUUUUAACACUCUUUUAAAAUGAAGUAGAGGAAGCCCACAAAUGUAAGACCAAGCUGGGCAACUUUGCCAGUCCAAGGGCCAAGUUUCUUGUAUAGUGGGCCCUUGGUAUCCUCUGGGUUUGGUUCCAGGACCCUUUUGUGGGUACCAAAAUCCAUGGAUGCUCAAGUCCCAUUAAAUACAAUGGCAGAGUAAAAAGAUGUCACUUAUAUACAAGGGGGGAAAUCAAGGUAUAUAUGGGAAUAUUUUCAAACUGUGAAUGGUGGAAUCUGUGGAUACAGAGUCUGUGGCUAUGGAGGGCCGAUUUUAUUGGCAGCCUCCAGAAGCCACACCGAAUUGGAAGUUGCUUGAAGUCCCUUUCUUAUAUUGAAAAAACAAAACAGGGUUUUAAUUUAUUUUUUAAGCAUGGCUCCGUGGUUUACUUUGCAUCUUCUGGACCUUUCCAGGAGAGACAGUUUCCCCUUCUUUUUAUCACCCCAAGAAAAAGGUUGGUCCAAAGAACUCUUCAAGGGGAAGCUUGAGGCCGCAAAAAACAACCUUCAGAGCCAUGUUUCUGGAUAUAUAUAUAUAUUUAUAUUUCAUUGUUUAAAUAACUGGAGAAUGCCGCUAAAAUGCAAUAUGUAAUAUCCUUCCGCUCUCUUCUGUAUCGAGGGCGGGAUUUUAGGACCGGAGGCAACAUAACGCAAUCCGCAGAGAGCCUCCCGGUUGCAAAAGAAAACCAUUUUCUAUGCUAAAAUGUGCAAUCUGGUUCCCGGAAACUGUACAUUUUAAAUGCAACUCUGCGCAGCUUUUUGAGGGGGACCCAAAAGAGACUUUUUUCCCCUCCCAAAACUGGACGCGUUUGGUUUUUUACAAAAGCUGCGCUAUGCUAUAGUGUUCAUUAAAGGUUAUAGUGUUAACUGGUGAUAAAAACGGUCACCGCUAGGAAAGGUAUAGCGAAUUCCAAUCUUGGACAGAUUGCUCUUAAAAUCCCUAGAAGCAAUGGCCUCAGGGCAGAUAAUGCACAACGGGACGGCACACUCGCAAAAAGCACAACCACACCAUUCGAUGGGCUCGAAAGCCAAUUGCAAAUCCGCUUGUAGCUUAGAAAGGUGGAAGGACAUUGGAUUAGCGCUUUUGAAAAUAUGCCCAUGUUUUAAUGAACCUAAAUCAGUGAUAAAAAAUGGUAUCCCCUUCUAAAGUUAAAAGGAAUUUGGAGAUCUGGGGGGGAAAUUACUUUUCAGGGCUAGAAUCCUAUUGGAGAACCUCAUUUUUGACUUGGGAAACCAAUUGGAUCUCGGCACAGUGGCUUCUGGUGACGGUUGCAAAAGUCCGGCGUCACGAUUCGUUUGGCGUUGGAUCAUGCCAAUCUGAGGACACUAGGAACUGUAUUUUUUACAUUCCCAAACUCUGAAUUGUAUUUGAACCACCCUAAAAGUGUCCCAUGUCAAGAUCAUGUCCUUUAAAAGAAUAGCGAUGGGUCCCAGAAAUAGACAAACUAGCGGGAUGCGCACAUAGGAAAAGCACAAUAUUGUCAGGUUGGCAUGGAGUGCCAACUUCUGCUCCACUUUGUAGCUGCUUAAAACAGACGAGGAACAAGGGAUUAAUCUGGAUUAAGGGGGAGUCUCUGUCUGGAAACACUGCAGUCACUUCUGCCACAAGGAAGGGGUCAUUUCUGGCUAUCCCUCGCCUCUGGUCCACAUGGAGAAACCCUUUCCUUCUUUGCAUCAUCUCCAUCCCACAUUUUAGGGCUAGUCUGCACAUGGAAAAUACUCCUCACUGAGUGCAAUCCAGCCAUGCAUGAUUUGUAGGAGUUCAGGUUUUUUUGCGCCUCUACUCCUAAAAACUGCAGAAAAAGCCUUCGCGGUUUUUACCGGAGUAUCUGGAAAUCCACCGAAAUGCGCAUUGUUGCACAUUUGGCCGGCCGUCUGCUUUGCAUGGAUUUGGACAGCUGUCCAUUUUUGGCAAAGCAAAGGGGAAUAGAUGGGAAUGGAGGCAAAUUUACUCAGGGAAGUGAAGACGUUGAUGCGCAUGUGCAAAAAUAACACACUGAUGUGUAGGCUAGCCCUUAGCCUUCCCAACUCUCCCAAAUAAACUGCAACUCAUGUCAGCAUCUUUUGAGUAUUCCUUACCUAAGGAAACCCUAUGAAAUGUGUAGGGUCACCAUAAGUUGGCAGAGCGACUUUGGUCUUGUAGGAUCUUUCUUUUUAUUAGGAUCCAACAGCGAGAGCCUUAAGCGAAAGACUUAGAGCCAGAAUUAAAGAAACGUGGGCGCAGGGGUUUCUUUUGCGUGGAAAAAGAUGCAAUCCUUGGCUUUGCAAUUUGGUGAUCUACUAUUGCUCUUUGGCUGUGAAUUCAAAUUACGAGGUUGGGUUGGGUUGGGUUGGAUGGCCCUUAAGGUCUCUUCCCUCGAUUCAAUGAUUCUCUCCCUUCUAUGGCAUCCUCCAUUUUGUCCUCCGGAGUGACAUGCCUCCUUUCCGCUUCUUUAUUCCAUGCUUCCCAAAGGUUCAGCAGGAUUUUGCUUCUGCAGACCGUCCUCAACAACUGUUUUCUGUCCUAGCGCAGAAGACCCCUCUUGUGUUCCUUCUUGAAUGAGAAAUGGGAAGUCAAUAAUAAUAAUAAUAAUAAUAAAGCCUG